AUGGCUGUUAAAAAACCGUUUUGCUUGCUUUUGUUAACAUUAUUUACAUUAAGUGACUUUACCAAUGCUGCCAUUUCUCUUGAUGCUUUAAAACGUAGAAACAAUUCUGAAUUGUCGAAACAUUUAGAAGAAUUCAAUCGUGAUUUGAACGAUACUACACUUGAUGAUAAGAAAUCUUUGUCUUUAGACAAAGACAUGUCCUUCUUUGCCACUGAACUUAUAAAAGAUAAAGAACAACUUCUUCGUUUUACCAAUAAAAGCUGUGCAUUUAUAAAUGGAGAUCUUGUGGACAAUUGCGUAGGUUCGAUCGAAGAUUAUAUAAAAAGAUGUUCUGAAAACCCUUAUGAUUGUACUCUUAUAAAUGCUGUUCCUUUAAUCGUUUACAGUUCUAGUAUUACUACUAAUACAUUUGAUGCGGUCGAGUUGACUGCUGCCAUUUCAUUAUACAAGGAAAUACCUCGCCGUAGAGGUUUCUUUAACAGGAAAAGAAUUACGAAUAUUUUAAUACGAAUAAUAACUCUUGGCAUGUAUAAUAAUAGUUAUGACGAUCAGACCCUUAUCAACUCAUUGACACAUAAACUCAAAUCUGGUAUCUACUACAAGCACUACUCUCCUGGUAAUGAACAAUUUGCUUUUUCACAAUUACAAUUAUUAUUUAUAGGAGUUGAAUCUCUUACUUCAUCGUUUAUAAUUUUUUACAGAAUGUUAACGCUAUCCAUCUUCGAUUCAUUUUAUAGUAAAUUUGGUAUUUCUUCACCGAUUAUUUCUAAUAAGGGUUUCCGUCUUUAUGUUUCGUAUUUUAAACACAUGAAGAAAAUUGGAAGGACUUUGGUUUCUGUGUCUAAAUCAUUGUUCAAAGACGCCGAUUUCUUUACCGUUUCCGGCGUGAUUAAGGAAGUUUACAUCUCACUCCCAAAUUAUAUUUCUAUUCUCAGUCCAUCAUUGGAUGAACAGCAAAGUAAAAUGUUCACUGCUCUAUUCGCUAGCACUAUACAUAACGCCGCAAUUGAAGUAUCCGAAAUUGUGCCAAAACUUAUUGUUUUGGAUAGUAGUACCCAGAAUGCUAUAGAUUCUAUCUGCAAGAACACUUCAGGCGAAAAACUAUCUCUUUUCUUAUGUUUACGUGGAAGGCGCACACGUAAUGAUCUCAAGAAAAAUACGAGCCCAUUCGAAUACACUCUUAUCAAAGCAAUUAGCAAAGCAGAAGAACGACAGUCACGUCAUCAAGGCAAGAGACGUGCUUUUAGAGAUAUUGGAAAAAAUGCUCUCAGUGGCAUUGUGGGUUUUUUUAGAAAUCCACUAGGUAAACGCGAACAAUGA